AUGGAGAACCAAACGAAAGAAAUUACAACUAAAUUAACGGAAAAAAUUGACGAAAAGCUUCAGCCAAUCAUCGAAGAAAAUAAAAACUUAAAGAUUGAAAUAAAUAAUUUGGAAAAGAAAGUAGCUUGGUUAGAGAAGGAUAGAAAGAAAAACAAUAUUGUUAUAUUUGGAAUGGAAGAGAGCGAGAAGUCCAACAAACAAUUAAUUACGAAGGUCAUAGAUGAAAUAAAAAAGUUAGAGAUAGAAUUAAGUGUACAAGAGAUAAAUUCUGCGCAUCGAGUUGGAAAGACAACAGCUGAUAAAGACUUCUCGAAAGAGGUGUUAGAGAAAAGGCGCUCGUUACAAGCUCAAUUGCUAGAAGAGAGGAAAAGAGGGAAUUUUGCUUACAUCAAAUACGAUAAACUAAUAAUAAAGAACAAUAAGAGUCAUGAGAAACGAAAGCGUACCCCAUCUACGCCAUAUAGCUCUAAUGCUUCUUCACAAAGUCCAAAUGUAACAGAGUCUAUAAGCAACACACCAACAUCAAAAUUUAACAACAUUAAGAAUAACUACGAAAAUCUUCCUCCAAGCCGAUUGGUCAUCGUGGAGGAAAAUGACCAACACCCUCUAAAUCCUAAUUGUAACUUCACAGUUAACUACCCUUCUCAAAAAGACAAACAUAAUAUAUACAUAUCAACAUUAAAUGUACGAUCUAUUAGCUCACCAGAAAGGUUACUUGAAUUUGAAAAAGCACUCGACGAUAUUAAAUGGGACAUAAUAGGUUUAAGCGAAGUGCGAAGAAUGGGAGAGUGUAUUGAAGAAUAUGACAACUACCUUCUAUAUCAUAACGGAGAAACACCAGGCCUUUACGGAGUUGGUUUUCUGUUAAAAAAAUAUCUGUCAUCAAAAGUAGAAGAAAUAAUUGGUAUAUCCGAAAGAAUAGCAAUCUUAAACAUUAAAUUACCAACAUCAGUAAAAGAUGAAUCAUGGACAAUCGUACAAGUAUAUGCUCCCACUGAACCUACAAAUAAGAAAGAAUGUUUGAAAGUUGAAGAAUUUUUCGAAACAUUACAAUCGAUCAACCAUUAUAUGAAAAAGAACGUUAUAGUUAUGGGUGAUUUUAAUGGCAAAAUAGGACAACGUAAGCUCGGCGAAGAGCACAUAAUAGGCAAUUCCAGUUAUGGUAUACGAAGUAAAAAUGGUAAUAAAAUUAUCAGUUAUGCCUUACAAAAUAAACUAACAAUUCUCAACAGUCAAUACAAAAGAAAACCUAAUAAAAAAUGGACCUGGGUGUCACCUAAUGGAAAUUAUAAGAACGAAAUUGAUUUUAUUAUGACAAAUAAAGCGAGAUGUUUUUCUAAUAUACAUGUUUUGAACAAUUUUAAUUUUAAUACCGACCAUAGAAUGGUAAGAGCUUCACUAAAAAAAGUACCAGCCAAAAAGUCGAGAAGAAAUUAUAGAAACACCAAGCCAAUACCUAUAACAGAGGAUUGCAAAAAACUACAAAAUAAUCUGUCCAUAGCUUUAAACCAGGAAGACAAAAACUAUGAGGAUAUAGAAGAACAAUAUAAUUCAUUAAUAACUAACCUAAUAAGGGAAACAGUAAAAUGUAAACCAGAAGCAAAGACUCUAUCAGAUGAAAACAAAGAUCCUCUACCGGAGAUCCUUCUUAGUGAAACUGUUUCAGCUAUCAAAUCACAGAAAAACGACAAAUCACCAGGACCUGACCAAAUAUCAAAUGAGAUGCUCAAAGCCACCUUACCUAUAAUAGCACCCAAGCUCACUGUACUAUUUAAUCAAAUCCUGAAAACUGAAAGCAUUCCGGCAGACUGGACUAAAUCAACUAUAGUAUUAAUUUAUAAAAAAGGUUUUGUCGACUACAACAAAGCUUUUGACUCGCUAGAACAUGAUGCAAUUUGGAACUCUCUUAAAGUUCAAGGAGUUCAUGGAAAAAUAAUAAAUAUUUUAAAGAAUAUAUACUCCAAAAGCACAGCUCGAAUAAAAUUGGAUAAGGCCAGCAGCGAGUUCCCAAUAGAAAGAGGAGUCAGACAGGGAGAUCCUAUAUCUCCCAAACUAUUCUCAGCAGUAUUAGAAAUGAUAUUCAGAAAUCUUGAAUGGGAAACAAAAAUGGCGAUGGACAGGCCAUAUGAUCAGAGACAAUUCUGGAAAAUGGACGAAAAAAGUGACGGAGUGGUACCCCAGAAACGGAAAAAGAAAAAGAGGCAGGCAAUCCAAAAGAUGGGAGGACGACAUCCGAAACUUGGUCGGAAGCAUGUGGACUCGUCUAGCCAGAGAUAG